AGUCCAAACCUCCCGCAGGACAACGGGGGAUGGGAGCGGGCAGGGUUUGAACCUGGGACCAUUGAUAAAUCCAAACGACAUUCCAGCGCACAAACUGCACGACCAGGCAACCAUCCUACCCCUAAUCUAGUCUAGUCCUACAGUCCACAGUCAAGAUCUAGACUAAAUCUAAGUCUAAUCAAUGUCUAAUGAUGAUCUAGAGAAGAUGAUACUUUCAGUCUUACAAAUCUUUAUUUGGGACAUCAUAUUUGGCGUCAAAGAUUCAUUAAGUGGUUGGUGGGUCGCCUUAAAGUGCUGGCGCGAUGAAGCAAGGCUUAUAUCCAACAGGCCAUCUCCACCAAAAAGAUUCUCAGAGAUAGCAAAAAAGAGAAACGAGCAACUGAAAAAACAAGAACCUGAAGGGACAAUGAAAGACAUCAUAUGGAACACAGUCACCACAGCAGGUGUAGCACUCUUGAUAACUUUCCUCAUACAGUCUGGCUGUUCUUAUAUCGGCAGCUUUUUUGGAGACAGUUUUGCUAGCAGCUUUGCAAUCUCAGAAUACAUUUUACACUUCUUGUGGUGGUUUCCCAGCAUGGCUGUGAUCAAACUGACCAGCAUCAUCAACAACAAUGAAGUGGCAGACAAAGUGUUUGCAUUUAAGUAUGGUAAACCAAAGUCAACAUCCAUUGGUACUAACAUUAGUGAGUUCAUCUUCAGCAGUAUUUAUCAAUUUAUUUUUAUCAUUCAGGCUAGCAUCGUCUGUGCCAUGAUUCCCUGGGCGUGGCUAGCAGGCUUGUUUGAGUGGCUCCAUUACUCACUUUUUUAUGCAUUGUAUGCAUUUGAAUACAAGUGGGCAUUGCUAGGUAUACCAGGGUAUACAAGAGUGGCACAUCUGGAAAACAACUGGCCAUACUACUUAGCCUUCGGCUUGCCUAUACAUUUGGCAGUAGGAUACUGGGAGUCUCUUUAUACCAGGACCAUGGCUUUCACGUUAAUAUUUCCAUUCAGUAUAUUAGGAGCAACUGCUGCAGGGCCACCUAGAGAAUUGUUUCUGUUCCCCCUCCAUCUUAUGUUCCCAGCUGUCUAUGUAACUAACGAAAUGUACAAAUUGUUUGGAAGAACUAGCAGCUCGUCAAAGGUGCCAAAGAGUUCAUAAAUCUUCCAGAACUAUGCGAACCAAGCCCAGACAGAAAACUAGUAACAUACUGUAAAUGUAUUAUCUUGAGUCAGCCAGCAACUUUUGAGAACCCUAAGUCUUUCAUAGAAUAUUUUAACUUUCUAACUGUGUCAGUUUUAAAGGACAUUUUUUUUUUUGUGUUUGAUUGAUUUUUGCAAACCAUCUGAUGCCAUGAAGCAGUAUGGCAAUAGCUAAAUGGUAGCUUUUAACUUGAUAAUAAUUGUCUUAAUUAACAACAAAAGUGGCCAGUUUUCUUAGUAAAAUUAAUGUAAAAUAUAUAAACUUUGUUGCAAUGUUCAUACAUUUAUUAGGUUGGGUGUAUUAUUAAGUUUUAGAAAGUUUAAGAUGUAUAUUUACAAGGAUGAAAAAUUAAGAUGCUCACUUGUAGACUAAUUUUGAAAGUUCCUGGUUGCAUGAAUUUCUGAGAUAAGAUUUAGAUUAACACACAGAUAUGUGUCGGACAUAAUUAUCUUAUCUUUAGAUGAAACAUCUGUAGUUUAUAAGAUAAAACUAGAUUAAAACAAGGAUACUCAGGGGAUGUAAUUGUCUUCUACUUUGAAGGAACAUCUGAAAUUUAUAAGAUAAGAUAAGAGCUCAGAAAGGAUGAGUAUAAAAAUAAGCUCAACUUUCAUGUAAAUAAGAGAAAAUGUUGGUAUUUAUUUAUUUAGUUACACCUGUAAAGGUAUGGGCACCCAAUAACACAUCUCGUGUGUGUCCUAUUUCUUGCGUUAUUUUCAAUGAAAUAUUCAAGUUGUGAAAUGUAAACAUAAGCACAAUUGACCUACUUUAAUGCUGGCAUGAGGACAUCAAUAUUUAAUCAAUAUUGUUUUUGUACAGAGCUUGUCAAUUGUAGUCAAACUGAAUAUCCAUUAGAUUGGAUCAAUAAAAAUUAUCUUAUCUUAGGAUAAAUCAUCCAAGUUCAAAGUUGCUAUUAAAAUUUUUGAUUAUGGACCAAAAAACUGUAGCCUCUGCUAGAUGAAACUAAUUCAUUAAGCACUUUGAAAGCUUGUUUGUAUUACAUAGUUGCUAGUUAGACAUUUCGUUUUUUAAUCAAAUAUGUGUAGGUCUUGUACACACAAAAAAUGGACAUGAAAAUGACUUUUAACUUUCUAAUACUAAAGAAAAAAUAUACUAUAACAGCAUAACAGAAGUGUAAGGCUAAACACUGAACAUUUACUAAUGAAAACAUUACUAGUCUUGUAAAGUAUGGGCCCAUCGUGAUGUAUUGUGACUUGUGUAACUCAAGUUAAUGAUAACAUGAUUCACACAAGGAAUGAAACAAAAUGUUGAGCUUGAAUGAAACACUAUCGAUAAUGACGCACUCUCAUUACAAUGAUUCUCUAUGAUAGCAUUAACUCUUUCUCUCCUACCAACGUUGAUUUGACCCCAUAAAAUUAAUUUUUGGUUUUAUAAAUUUUAAUUUGUGUUAUAUAAAAGAAAGAAAGCGAUAGAAAUGUCUAAACUGCCUUACAUCAGUGAGCAUUUUUUAGUAGGCUACUUGAACGGUGUUGGUUAUUUCAGCUGUGAUUAAUAGAUUUGAACUUCUUUAUGACACUAAUUUUUUCUUUAUGACCUAUUUUCUUUUUUGUAAAUUAAGUUUCUGUUGUUCCGCUCUGCUGUUUUGUUUCCAUUAGUAUUUUUAUUUUUACCUACUUUAAGUUUUUUUAUUUCUGUUGACUCUCAUUUCUGUUUUUGCGGAUGUCAACUACAAUAAACGAUAAUAUCAUUUAAUUUUAUUCUGUGGUCAUAUAUUUUAAAAAAAUGCUUAUCUGUACUUAGUCUUUUUAAUUGUACAGCAUUUUUUUUUUUAGCAUUUACUUAAGUAUCGAAAAAAAAAAAGUUUGAUUGUGCAUUACAUGAAAGUGUGUAGCAUUUGCUAAAACAAUCGUUUUGGAUCACACUAGUCUGGGCUGACUUAAAUGCAAGCUGUGACUCCAACAGACUGCAUGAUGGGAAGGGUGUAAAGGCGUAUGUAAUACAGGGGCCAUCUGUACUAUACCACUGAUUGCUUAAUUAUUUUCUUGUCACACCAAUGUGCAAUGACUAUUUACAUUGACCUGGCUUAUGAUUAACGGCAUGAUUGUCAUUUAAAUAAAUGUCAUAUACCAGUUCCAACCUCCUUAUAUCAGAAUUUAAAGAUUCGGCUAUUAGAUUUAAUGUGUUUGGAGUUAAUAUAUAAUUAAAUCUGUUUUAAUGAUGUUAUACCAAUAUAUAUUUUAAAAUAAAGUGAUCGUGGUUUUGCUUAUCCUAAAACAAACUUAUUCUAUACCUGUUAAAUGAAGGUCCAAUCUUACAAAAUCAUAGGUCCUGAUAUUUUGAUGUAGAUCUAUUUGCUCCGAAAUGUAUUUAAGAUAAAAAUAAACACGAGCUUAUUUCAUAUUGAUAAAAUGCAUCUUUUUUCAUUGUUGCUUUCAAUAUUCUGAUUCUUGUUGAAUAUUAUGUAAAGAAAAAGUUGUGUUUAUGUACACUAGUUUAUGGCUGAUUUGAAAUACCACGAAGUCCAACAGUCGAAACACCAGAAAAACUUAUAUUUGUGUGUGUGUGUUUGCAUAUAUACUUCAGUGAACUUUUAAUGAAAUAUUUUUUUAUGACCAUAUAUAAAUAUCAUUUGUAUUGUAUUUUUCUUGUUGUGCCAUGCCAAAUAAAUGAUUUUAAAAUA